AGCGCAACUCGCUCUGGCGACGAAAUCUUGGGGGUUAUGAUCUUCCUAAGAGGUUAAUUGACAUCAAUUGACCCGCCUUUCAGCAAUUCGCCCUAUUCUGAAGCACGCACACCUCUUAGCGAUGCCUCGAAAGCUUUCGAACCCCUUCUCGACGUCCAUCAUGCCGCAAUCUGAGAAGGCAGGCGAGCGACGGCCUUCUCAGUCGAAAGGCAACCGUCUCGCCGGCUUCUUCUCGUCCAAGUCGAAGGAGCAGCAGGCCGCCUCGGCGCUGCAGACUUCGCAGCUUCACCAGACGCCGUCACCGCUGGUGCCGGGGCCGAGUCCCCCUCUCCCGACGAUCUCGCUGUCCGCCGCCACUACCGGAGAGCUCCAAAGCGACGAGGCCCCGACCACUCUGUUUGAGCCUCCAUCAGCCGACGAGGCUCGAAGCCAGGAGCGCCGCGACGCUGAGUUCGGCCCUCUGCUUAGCCGGAGCCACUUAUACGUCAGCGCUCACAAGGGCGGUUCGCUCGACCCCCCAAUCGAAGACGAGCCGCCCUAUUACUACGUCCUCACCACCUACCUCAGUUACCUCUUUCUGAUCUUCUUCGGUCACGCGAAGGACUUCUUCGCCAAGCGGUUCGGCGCCAAGAAAAACUACCAGACCUUCACGGCCUCGAAUGGCUUUGCCCCGCUGUGCGAUGACUUUGACAGCUUCUAUAUCAGGAGGCUGAAGAUGCGCCUUGACGACUGCUUCGCGAGACCCACGACUGGCGUUCCCGGCCGCUAUGUCACGCUGAUUGAUCGCAAGUCGGAGAACUACAACCGUUCCUACAAGUUCACCGGCACUUACACGCAGACGCUCAAUGUCAGCUCUUACAACUACCUGGGCUUCGCCCAAUCGGAGGGCCCCUGCGCCGACGCCGUCGAGGAGUGUGUUCGCAAGUAUGGCCUCAGCUUCGCCAGCCCGCGCCUGGAUUCGGGCACGUCGGACCUCGUCCAGGAGGUGGAGCGCGAGGUGGCCCAGUUUGUCGGCAAGCCUGCGGCCAUGGUGUUCUCGAUGGGUUUCGUGACAAAUUCGGGCACCUUUCCGGCUCUCGUCUCCAAGGGCUGCCUCAUCCUCUCGGACGAGCUCAACCACGCGUCCAUCCGCGUUGGUGCCCGCCUCUCCGGCGCCGUCAUUCGGUCGUUCAAGCACAACAACAUGGCCGAUCUGGAGGAGAAGCUGCGCGAGGCCAUCUCGCAGGGCCAGCCGCGCACGCACCGUCCGUGGAAGAAGAUCCUGGUCGCCGUCGAGGGCCUCUACUCGAUGGAGGGCACCCUGGUCGACCUCCCCGGCAUCCUGGCGCUCAAGAAGAAGUACAAGUUCUUCCUUUAUGUGGACGAGGCGCACAGCAUCGGAGCGCUGGGCCCGAGGGGCCGCGGCGUCUGCGACUACUUUGGCAUCGACCCGGCCGAGGUGGACAUCCUCAUGGGAACCCUGACCAAGUCGUUCGGCGCCAACGGCGGCUAUGUCGCGGCCGAGAAACACAUCAUCGAUGGGCUCAGAAUGACCAACGCGGCCAUGCUCCUGGGUGAAUCUCCGACGCCGUCUGUCCUGAUGCAGAUUCUCGCUGCGCUCAGGGUGAUCACCGGGGAGAUGGCGCCGGGGCAGGGCGAGGAGCGCCUGCAGCGCCUCGCCUUCAAUUCGCGCUAUCUCCGCCUCGGCCUCAAGCGUCUCGGAUUCAUCGUGUACGGGCACGACGAUUCGCCCAUCAUCCCCAUCUUGCUGUACAACCCCGGCAAGAUGUCAGCCUUCAGCCACGAGAUGCUCAAGCGCAAGAUCUCGGUCGUCAUUGUCGGCUACCCGGCCACGCCGCUCAUCACCUCGCGUGUGCGCCUCUGCAUCUCGGCCGCCCACAACAAGGAGGACAUGGACCGCAUCCUCACCGCCUGCGACGAGAUCGGCGACAUCCUGCAGCUCAAGUUCUCGACGGGCAUCGCCGGCGGCCAGGAGCCGCUGCCCGAGGGCGUCACGGCCGACACGGAGAAGGAAUGGCGCCGGGCGAACGGCCUCGAGGGCGUGGUCAAGCCGCCCAGGUGGAGGCUGGAGGACGUCAUCGCCCGGGGCGUGCAGGACACCAAGGAGCCGCUGCGAUAAUUUUUUGUCCUGUUUUGUUUAGGGCCGAGUUGAGAGAGAGAGGUGGAGGGGGGAGGUGUACAUGCAUGUUUCGGAUCCGGGACGAGCUGAUCCGGGGCGAGAUGCGUGAUGAGCGGACCUGUGGGGGAACAUUAACCUGUAUAAGGCGUUUUGAGUCCUGAUGGGCCUGCCCCAGAAGCGUUGUACAGCGAAUUCUGAGCGUGGUCAUACCCCCUUGGAGGCGGCCGUGGCCAGGAAUGGGGGGGA